UACGUCAUUGUGGGCUGGCUGUUUAUUUCGUUGGUGCUCUCACGGCUCGGCCAUCAUGGCGAUGGUGGCGGCACUGUGGCGGAGGGCGAGGGACUACCUGAAGACCAAGGAGUUCCGGGAAUACGUGACCAGCACGCACUUCUGGGGUCCCGUGGUCAACUGCGGCUUACCGGCGGCUGCCUUUAAGGACAUGAACGAACCGCCUGACAUCAUCAGUGGCCGUAUGACAACAGCGUUCCUCUUCUACUCGAUGGCCUUCAUGCGUUUCGCCUAUCGUGUACAGCCUCGAAACUUGCUGCUGUUGGCGUGCCACAGCACCAACGUGGUGGCGCAGAGUGUGCAGCUGACCCGCUACCUGGAUCACCACUACGGCGGGAGCGCCGCGCCGGCGACAGCUACCACCACCGCCACCGAGGCCUCCACCACUGCUGCCACCACCGGUCCCACCAGCGAUCCUGUGGCUGUUUGCGACUUUAAGGAUGACGACUCCUGCUAAGCAGCCGCCUGCCCCAACCCGUGGUCCCCGAAACGUGGCUGAGAGGGCCCGAUCGCAUCUUUGCAGCUUACAAGCACUGAACUGUUCUCCCUGAAGAAGAGACCAGGGAAGUUUGGUUUUGACUCUAAUAAAACAGUGCGGAGUCUGAUUGAAACUUGCAGUUUGGUUAGUAAAAAAUAGAAAAUAGCACAGAACGC